CUGUGCUGGUCACAGAAGUGGAAGUUAUGCGGUUUCAAACUGAGCACUUGCUAUCCUGAGGAAGGAACACACAUUCGACUAGACUAUAUCUUCUCUAAAGAUGUGCUGCGCAUCAAUUCAUCUCCUCAUUGGUGCCUUAUUUGUCUUUGCUGUUGAAAAUGAGGCAACAACAAUGAUAAGCAGCACAGAAAUCACCACUGCUCCAGUUUCAAUGGCUAUUGACAACACCACCCUAUUCUAUAAAACAUCAAAUGACUUUCCAGACAACUUCACCACUCUGAACUCCACUGUCGCCUUGUCAAACAUGACAGAUGGGAAUACUACAUCAGAUGGACAGUCAGAAUCACCUACGCCUGCACCCCCAGAACAUCCGCAGACCAACAAUUACACCACAGACAAACCGCAAUCAAGCACAAAAAAUAUGAUCAAAGACACAACAAGCAAAAGAACCACAACUCCAGCACAAAAACCUCGCGGCACAAACAAUGGAUCAGCACUUUACAUAAUUAUCCUGAUUAUUGUUGUUUUGUGCCUCUCGGGGAUAGUAGUUUAUUGUUGCCUUCAAAAGAACUCCAGGAAGUACGCUGUGGACUUACAUCCCAAACAAGAUGCUCAGAUCCCACUCAGCACAGUGGAUAUAGAUGUGCUUGACACCACAUCAGUCAAAGAUAUUCAAACAUUCACUCCUGUCGAGUCCACCGUGCCGCUUAAAGACCCUGCGCCUGUGAAGGAAGCUGAAAAACCUGAGGGAGGAAAAGAAUCAGCUGAUGUUAAACAAGAAAACCAACAGAAUUUAUCCAGCACUCAGGCCACAGUGAACACAAAGGAUGAAACGGAUAGGCUGGCCAUAGUGGAUCUGACUGAUGGAGAUCUGACGAUCUCCACCAAAACCUCAAUGGAAUCCCUAGAUGUUCUCGAUGAAAACAACAGCAACAAUACAGGAGCUGAAGUCAACGGCAAUCGGCAUGAAUUCACUGAAAUCUCUAUUGAUAUUUUACCUCUAAAAUAAAUCAGCCUCUUCCCAACAUUUUACAAUGAUCUCUGAACCAGACUGAUGGAUUUUUUUAAACUGGAAGCAAAAGCUGAACUGAGAUGUAGACU